AUGGGUAACAAGGCUGCUAAAGGGGCUCGGAACGCCUUCCCGGUUCAGCGAAAUGAGGACAAAUCUACUACCUUGAAAUUGGCUGAUUUUGGCCUUGCAAAGCACGUGGUGAGACCUAUAUUUACUGUGUGUGGGACUCCGACCUAUGUAGCUCCUGAAAUUCUUUCUGAGAAAGGUUACGGGCUGGAAGUGGAUAUGUGGGCCGCAGGCGUGAUCCUGUAUAUCCUCCUGUGUGGCUUCCCCCCUUUCCGCAGCCCAGAGAGGGACCAGGACGAGCUCUUUAACAUCAUCCAGCUGGGCCACUUCGAGUUCCUGGCCCCUUACUGGGACAAUAUUUCUGACGCUGCCAAAGAUCUGGUGAGCCGGUUGCUGGUGGUAGACCCCAAAAAGCGCUACACCGCCCACCAGGUCCUUCAGCACCCCUGGAUUGAAACCGCGGGAAAGACUAGCACAGCGAACCACCGGAAGGAGGUGCCCCCCGGCAGUGAGGGCCACAUCCGGAAGCAGCACAAGCGGUCUGCUGAGCAAGCCUCGUAGUGGGCGCCUCGAGUACUAUGCAGCCCGCUUCUCCCCCAGGGACAGAGAACGAGACAGAAAUCCAGGAGGCCGACAGUGAGGAGGACUUCAGUGAGGAGGACUUCUGCCCAUCGUUGGAGGAUCAGGGCAAGGAGAGAGAUGCUUAGUAUAUUUUAAAGCGUAUUUUAAAAAAUGAACUUGAGUCUUAACCGUUAAAUGUUGUAACAUAUUUUUAGAUUUGUAUAUUUGAAGACUUUAAUACAUUUAUUUUGGGGGGGUUUAAGACUGUCAGCGAGGACUUGUUGGUAAUAAUGCUGUGUUUUGCUUCCUCCUCGUAAAUCAGGUUCAUGGUAAACGACAUGAGUGGUGCUUACCAGGAUCUAAACUCCCCCUAUGAGGGUGAACAAGGUGAAUCAUGGUCUUUCUGUAUUAAUAAAAUGUACUCUGACUGACAGAA